GCUCCGCCGGAGGAGCUCUUGAUGCCAGUCACGGAGCGCCCCUUCCUCCUCCUCCUCCUCGUCCUCCUCCUCCUGCUCCCGCUCCUCCCGCUCCCGCUCCCGCUCCGCUCCGCGCCGACGGGAGCCGCCGCCGCCGCCGCCGGCCCCGCUCCUGCCCCGCAGCCAGAUGCUGUAAGAAGUGCGCAGAAUGAUUCACACGUAUGAAGACUGACCAGGAAUUGAUGAAGGCGGAGCUGCAUUUAAUGACUUCCAGGUUCACUUUCUAAUGCCUGAUCUGAACUGAAGGUGAGAGGAAACAUAAGGCGUCUUUCAUUCUGUUUGGACUGGCUGUUUACAGAAGCGAUGGAGAUGCUAUUCAGCACAAAAGGGAUCACCAUAUGCCUGCUUUUUUUUGUAUUAAGUUUGGCAGCAGCUAUUCAAAUACCAUUAUCAGUCGCACAGCUUCCAACAAUCACGGAGCAAUCUAAGACUCAAGUUGCCUACCCCUUUGAUGACGACUUUGCCAUUAAAUGUGAAGCUACUGGGAAUCCACAACCCACUUUUAAUUGGACUAAGGAUGGAAAACCAUUUGAUUUGCUAUCUGACCCCAGGAUAAUCCCAUUUAACAAUUCAGGAACAUUCAUGAUCCAAAACCAUGGAAUCAUGGCUGAUUUUCAAGGAAAAUAUCGUUGCUAUGCUUCAAAUGCACUUGGAACUGCCAUGUCAGAAGAAAUUGAAUUAAUAGUUCCCAGUAUACCAAAAUUCCCCAAAGAGAAAAUUGAGCCACUUGAUGUCGAUUGUGGCGAUUCUGUGGUUCUGCACUGUAAUCCCCCCAAAGGAAUUCCACCCUUGCAUAUCUAUUGGAUGAAUAUUGAUUUGCAACACAUUCCACAAGAUGCAAGGGUCUCCAUGAGCCUUAAGGGGGAUCUGUACUUUGCAAAUGUAGAAGAAAAUGACAGUCGAAGCGAUUAUUGUUGCUUUGCAGCGUUUCCAAGACUGAGGACAAUUGUCCAGAAAAUGCCAAUGACGCUGCGGGUAACACGUUUUAAGCACACUAAUGACUCAGGCUCCCCUAAUGCUGCUGUUACUAAGGCAAACUUUAUUAAGGAACGAAAACCCAAACUGCUGAUACCACCUGAAUCUUCCGGCAUUAGCUCGUUAGUCACUGUCAUCAAAGGGGGGGUCCUGCUACUUGAAUGCAUCGCUGAAGGGCUCCCAACUCCUCUUCUAAUCUGGAACAGAGUUGGUAGAGACAUGCCCGAGGACAGAGCAGCGACGGAAAAUUACGGAAAAGUUUUGAAGAUAGGAGAAGUGUCCGCAGCCGAUGAAGGAACUUACCUGUGCACGGCAAGCAAUUCUGUGGGGAGCGUGAAACAUGAGUUCCGUGUCCAUGUGGAAGAUCAAAAAACUAGGAGAGAGAGGUCAAGGGACUCAACCAAGGCCUCAGAUGGAAUUAGUGUCAGAAAACCUCCUCAGUGGGUAAAGAAGCCUGUCAGCAAUGUUUACAGCGUUGGGUCAAAUCUUGUAUUGUUUUGUCAAGCUAUUGGCAACCCUGAACCAACCAUAAAGUGGAAACUUAAUGGGAUGCCCAUUGAUGGGAGGACAUACAGGGGCCAAAUCCUUCCCAGAGAGAUCAGCCUUAUCAACCUACAACUUCAGGACAGUGCCGUGUAUCAGUGUGAAGCUACGAACAAGCAUGGCACCAUCCUGGCGACUGCCAACGUGAAUGUUAUCAAUGUUAGUCCAGUAGUGCUAACCCCAGAGGGUGAAGACUAUGCCACAGUUGUGGGCUAUAGUGCAUUCUUGCACUGUAAAGUUUUUGCCUCACCUCCGCCAGUUAUUAGAUGGGUGAGAGAAGACAGUACGCAAUCACUUGAAGGUCUACGUUAUGCCGUCUAUGAAAAUGGCAGUCUGGAAAUAAAAGAAACAAUGAAAGAAGAUUCUGGAUUAUAUACUUGUUGGGUGACAAAUUCCGUUGGAAAAGGUGCAGUCAAUGCCAAUCUGGAUAUUAGAGAUGCUACAAAAAUUGCAGUUACUCCAAAGAACCCACAAGUGCUGAAAUCACAUUCAGUGUUAUUGAAAUGUCUUUCUGAAUAUGACCCACACUUGAAACACAGCUUUAAAUUAUCCUGGAGAAAAGAUGGAGAUGAGCUUCAAAUCAAUAGCACAGAAGAUGGGAGGAUAAUUGCUGACAUGGACACAGUGUUCAUAUCAAGCGUAACAAUGGAGGAUCAAGGUAUUUAUACCUGUGUGGCUAGUACAUCUCUAGACCGUGUUACAGCUGAAUCCCAAUUGAUUGUCCUUGAUAUUCCUGACCCACCUGCAGCCCUUCAUCUCUCAGAGAAACAGGACAGAAGUGUUAGAUUAUCCUGGAGAGCUGGAGACAGUCAUAACAGUCCUAUUAAUGAGUCUAUUAUAGAAUUUGAAGAGAAUCGGUGGGAGCCUGGGAAGUGGCAAGAACUAACCAGAAUCCAGGGGAAUGACACGACCGCUGUUUUAUCCUUGGCCCCUUUUAUAAAUUACCACUUCCGUGUUAUAUCUGUUAAUGCUGUUGGGAGAAGCCGGGCUAGUGAGCCAUCAGCACGCUAUGAGACGCCUCCAGCUGCUCCAGACAAGAACCCAGAAAACAUCCGAGUCGAAGCUUCUCAACCCAAUGAAAUGAUUAUGAAAUGGGAGCCACUGAAACCUGUGGAGCGCAAUGGCCCUGGACUGGAGUACAAAGUCAGCUGGCGGCAGCAGGGGGUGGAAACUGACUGGAAUGAAGAAUUGGUGAAAAAACAUUCCUUGCCAUUGGGGAAUACUCCCACAUUUGUGCCUUACGAGAUCAAAGUCCAAGCAGUAAAUAGUUUAGGAUCUGGGCCUGAACCAAAUGUUACCACUGGAUAUUCAGGCGAGGACAUUCCAGAUGCUGCUCCUUCCAGUGUAAUGGUGGAGGUCCUGAACAGCACACUAGUUAAAGCAAUGUGGUCCAGAAUUCCAAGAGACAGAGUUCGUGGACGCUUAAGAGGCUAUAAGGUCAUUUGGUGGAAAACAAGGAGUUUGCUGGAUGGAAAAAGACACCACCCGGAGAAACACUUCCUAACUUUUAUAGGAGACAGAAACCAUGGAAUGAUUCCUGGUCUAGAGCCAUUUAGUGAAUUCCACUUAACUGUUUUAGCUUUCAAUGGAAAAGGAGAUGGGCCUGAAAGCUCCCCAAUCAUGUUCCAUACUCCAGAAGGAGUUCCUGAACAACCACAUUUUCUAAGGAUACUAAACUUUGAUAAGGAUUCUGUCACACUGUCAUGGGGACUUCCUAAGAAAUCAAAUGGCUUUCUUACUGGCUACAAUUUGCAAUAUCAGAUAAUCAAUGAAACCGAUGAGAUUGGACCUUUGAGUGACGUCAAUAUUACCAACCCUUCGACUUUCAGUUGGAGGCUUUCAAAUCUGAGCUCCAGUACUAAAUACAAAUUCUAUGUGAGUGCCUGUACUAUGAAAGGCUGUGGCAAGCCAGCCACAGAAGAAGGACUAACAAUAACAGAUGGGAGUAAAGGGAUCGGGAAGAUUUCAGGAGCAGUAAAUCCCACCCAAAAGUUUCACCCCAUUGAGGCACUUGAGCCUGGAACUGAAUAUACAGUUCGUCUAGUGACUAAGAAUUGGGUUGAUAACAAUAGCAUUUUUGAAGAUGUAAUUGAGACGAGGGGGAGAGCUUAUGCUGGCAUAUAUGAGGGAAUUUCUACACAAGGCUGGUUUAUUGGACUGAUGUGUGCCAUUGCUUUGCUUACCUUAUUGCUGCUAACUGUUUGCUUUGUCAAAAGGAAUAAAGGAGGAAAAUACUCAGUGAAAGAAAAAGAAGACUUGCAUCCAGAUCCUGAAGCCCAAUCAAUAAAAGAUGAAAUCUUUGGGGAAUAUAGUGACAGUGAUGAAAAGCCACUCAAAGGCAGCCUUCAAUCAAUUAAUGGGGACAUUAAAGCUACAGAGAGUGCUGAUAGUUUAGUAGAUUAUGGAGAAGGGGACCACGGGAUGUUUAAUGAAGACGGUUCAUUUAUUGGAGCUUACUCUGGAUCUAAGGAGAAAGGAUCAGUCGAAAGCACUGGAAGUUCUACAGCAACUUUUCCUCUCCAUGCAUAAAAUAUUAGCAUGAAUGAUUCAUUUUGAAUUGCCAUAUUUAUCUUUACUAGUAAUCAACUCUUACCAUACAUGAUCAGAAGUAGGUUACAGAAUGAGUCAGUCAGGAAUUUGACAUCUGUGGAUAGAGAAAUAAGUCACUGCCAUUAACAGAUGAUUUUUGAGACUUUUUUUUUUCUUUUUGGUCCUGAUUGUUCAGGUAUUUUCAUUGAAUAAAACCAGAAGGUGUAAUGUUCUGUCAUGCAAGAGAUGUCACUCAGUCUGACCAAAACUGCAGCUACUCAGUGUUACAUAUGUAUAUACAUACUUGUUCUUCUACACCUGUCUUAGUUAUAUUACAUGUUUCUCAGUAUAACUUCCUCUUUCUUGUAUGCUUUUGUUACUUUGUAUAUACCUUGCAUCCAAUAUUUCCUAAUAUAUAAUGGCCUUGGCUUUGUAGAGGUUGGAGUGUAAUAAAAAAACAAACAAAAACAAAAAGGUUACUUUAUAAAGUAACAUGCUAUAUCUUAGUGAGAAAAAAUAUAUAUCAUGUAAAACACUAAAGAACUGCAUUCCAUAUGCUAUUUAAUUUUUCAUAUUGUCUUCUUGUUUCAGUGAUUCUAGGAUUAGUGACUAGAGCUGAAAGCAAGUACUUAGAGAUGCAGUUUUAGCCGCAAGUAUUUGAUCUCAAACCUGCUGUCAAAAGGGGGGAAAAAAAGUCUGAUCUUGUGUAUAUAUCUUCUAGCCAGUAGCUGGCCCUCUUUCCUUAAACGCGUUCAGUUGUAGUAGCUUGAACAAGGGCCUUAUUCCAAAGUCUUUCUAUCUGUCAAAAAAGCAGGAUCAGGUUUUCGGACAUAAAAAGGCCACCUGAAUUUAAUUCCCAAGAUCUUUGAAAGCUGCAUUUCUAAGCGAUUUGCUUUCCAUAUGUCUCUUGUGUAUAACUGUAUGCUAGCAUACAUUUCACGAAUGCAUUGUACAUAUUAUGUUAAUAUUGCCACACCUGAAAAAUACAGCCUUGUUUUAUUUGGAAUUGAGAUGUGAUGCUAGCAUGCGUCUGUAUAGCUAUAUAGUAAUAGAGCUGCUUCCAUCUUUACGGGCUUCAAUUAGUUUUCAAAAAGCACAAAUUGUGUAAAAAAAAUAAUAUUUAGCAGUUUUGCUGCUUUCUUUCUUAUGUAAUCAAAAGGUGUUCCCUUCCCAAAAGGAAGUUCUGAAUUUAGGGAUUUUUAAAAAUUUUAUUUCCAAAUGCUAUAUUCUUAAACAAAAUAAUGGGUUACAGUACAGUGUAUUUUAUGUAGGGUGCUGAAUGCUGUUUUAAAUCCCCACCAAAAUUGUUCAUUCUUUGCUACUGAUUAAAAACUCAGCAAAGCUACAUGGUGCAUUUUUUUGUAUUGCUUGUAUAUUUGAUUUCAUGACUGUUUUUAAAAGUUUUGUAUGGCCUUGCUAACUUCAGUACACAGUUAAUGUUACUUGCAAUUGUCCGUUCUUUUUAUAUGGUGGUAGCUACCAUUAAAAUACAUUUCUGCCAUGAUGAUGAGACCUGCUAAAUAAGGCAAAACAGUUUUCUGUAAAACAUUUUCCAUGCAAGCAGUACUUAAGCAAGUAUUCCCAUGGCUUCUGUGGAAACAGUACAGAUUGGUAUUGUCUUGAGUAAGGGUUUAUGGGAUCAGGCAAGGAAUUCCCACUUUGUGAUUUGCACUUAAAAUUAGAAAUGGUUUCACUCGGUUUUUACAUGGACAAGGGCUAGGUUUUCUAAAGAGUUGAACUCCCCUUAAUGUACCUGUAUGAAAUGGAAAGAUUUUGGGAGGUAUUAUACAACCUUUGAAAAUAAUAGUACCUGGCGGUUGCUGAAUGGUUUUGAAAAUCUCGUCUUAUUUUGAGCACAGUAGUUGAGGAGCUGUAUUUGCAGAGCAUUACUCCUCUUUCAGAGCUCAAGAUGCAGAAGGCUCUGGGGAGGAUUUUUUCAACAGAAGUAAACUCUGCGGUGAUGAUGUUAUCAAUAGCCCUCUACAACUUCACAUGGUUGCUUGUAUCUUAUAAUGUGUACAACCCAUUUGCAGUUAAUGAACACCCAUACUGCUUGUAUUAUGGGUACUAAGGAUUAGCUGAAGUCAUGGUCCCAGGAAAAACAAAAAGAGAACUAUGUAAAACAGACACAAAUUUCAGAUCCGAUUAGCAGGGUGUCAUAUUAUCAAAUGAUGAAUAAACACCCUGUGCUCCUGCCUGCUCAGUUGUUACUAAGAGAUGUUGAUGACAUUCCUAUGAUGUGUUACUCAUCUGCCGGUAUGAGUGCUUUUUCUAUUAAAAUUUUAAUUCAGACUCUUACAUCUUAAUGUUAGUAUUUUGUUAUGCCUCAGGGCCUAAAAAUUACAGAGUGACAAAAAGAUGUGCAAUGCAAUUUUUAAAAUGUGCACUGAUUUUUAUUUUUCAGGAAUAUGCCCAAUGAAUAUUAAACAAACAUCAAAACUUGCUAGGGACUCUGUAAUUCUUGAGAAAUUUUUUUCAGCAUCUUUUUUUUAGCUGCUGUUGUAUCUUGUGCAUAUCUUGGACCGUGAAGUAGGUUGAAACUUGCUGCUGAGAUAUGUUUUAAAAAUGGCAAUUCCCCCUCCCCUCCCCCUUUUCAAGUCAAAUAGUCAAAUCAUUCUUUCAUUCACAAUGAGAUGAUAACAUUUUUCUAAGUGGGGUGGCCUGGGUAUAAAUGAGAGAAGAAGUUGGGGAUUUAUGUUGGAUUUAUAAUAUUUGCCAUCAGUUCUGUACUAUAUUGAUUAAAGCAAGUGUUUCUAUGAGUCUGCAGUGGUUUUUGAAAUUCCCUUAAUCAUAUAGCAUUUGGAUGUGUCUGUAUGGGACAAGGGAAUGUUGUACGGAGCCACUCGGAGCUGUCUGUCUCCCUGUGUUAGCCCUGAAACUAGAAGCAAUAUAGCUGUGUUAUUGCUGUGCUCUGCCUGAGGAUAGGGUAGACAGACCUAGCUUGGGGUAAGUGUAAAAUAGUCUCAAGGGAAAGGUUUACAAAAGUCUUGAUAUUGAAAAGUGUUGGCAUCCAAAAUAUGGUGUCACUGCCAGUUCCACUGGGUUAGGGACCAAAAGUUUUAUAUCAACUCCCCAAGAAGUCCCACUGGGGUCAUCUAUAUGAGACACUUAUUGCGGAGUCGCCUAAUUUACUGCGGCCUAACAGUACCGUACAUGUAGAUUUUGUGGAGCUAACCAAUUAACUCUGAAGUAGGAUAGUACUGCCAAACAUAAGUGCUAUCCUAUGGCAGAGUUACUUACUACACCAUAACACAUAUGUAGACGGUGAUGGGGUGACGGGAUACAAGGGUGCUUCAGUGCAGGGGCUGCCUGCCAGCUAGCCCCAUAUUAUAGCACCCUUGUGCCCCAGGCAGCCCCUUGGCAGCACGUUGAGCCAGGGCGAAGCAGAUCCAGGCUGGCAGGCUUAUCCCUGGAGCCUCUUCCAGCUGGAACUGCACCGCCCUGGGUCAGUGCUUUACGGUCCUGGGCACAUGUAAAUGGUGUGCCCAAGAGCAAUAAACUUCAGCCCCAACUGCCCUGGAGUUUAUUGUGCUUCCCUAAUUUCACAUGGAGAUGCACCCACUUUCUUCAGUAGUACAAUUCGGACUAAAGCUACUGACUAAAGCUAUCCAAUAUAAGAAAGAGAAUCAACAUCUGUCCUUAUUGUAUUAGAUUAGUAUUAUUUUAAAGCAUGCACAAUAUAUAGUAAUAUUCUUAGGAAUGGCCAGCCUAUUAGUUAAUCCUCUGGAAGAUGGGCUGUGAGGCCCCCAUCACAAAAUCCAUCCUUUUUAAGCAUCAUUCAUUUUAAGCAGUGAUCAUGUCCCCAUCACUGUGCACUCUGCUCUUGACUUCAGCUUAAUUUUACAAGGGUUUGUACUAGUGGAUACUAAUAUAGGGUAAAAGCCUUAGCCAUAUCUGCUACCAGGCUGUAGAAUGGCCUUUGAUGAGAGAAGAAUUGGAUCCCAUAUCAAAUCAAUUAUAUAUUCCCCUGUAAAUCACGGCAUGUAGGUGAGUGUAAAUACAUAAUAGGUCAACUGCAAACAUACCUAAUGAUAAAUAAUUUAGCUGUCACAUCAUUUUUGGCUUUGUUAUGGCCUGGUCCUCCAAACCCUGGUGUGCAGAUUAAUACUACCAUUGACUUCAUGAACCAAACUAUGUGAUCAAGUGGUAAAUUAAAGUCUGAAGGAUCAAUAUUAUUUUCCAAACGAAUUAGGUAAAAGUGAGUAGGUUAUUUUUCUCCUGUCCAAAAUGGGUUUUGACAAAAAUUUCACACACAGCUUCCUAAAGGAAUGCUAGUAAAUGUUUUAUUCUGACACCUGCAUACAUCUGAAGGGGUAUUUUAUUGCAAUCUUUUUCAUUUGGUCAUAGUUAUACUUCUAAACUAGACAUCUCAGUUACUUUAAAUAGCUCCUCUGCAAGAAGAGAGUUACUUAAAAGAAAUCGUCGUUGGUGCUUGCUGGCAGAAAUUCCAUUAAUUUGACAAGGGAUCAAGUCCUGAAAAGCAUCUUUAUAUUUUUUUUUAUUGCUUAAUGUUUUGGAGUAAAACCUGAUUUAUAUGUUUGCCAUUUGUCUUUUAGUACCUGUUUACAUUUCAACAGUGUAGCCUUCAUAUUAAUGUUUUACAUAUGCUAUCAAGUGACUGAGCUUUGUGAUCUGCAGUAGUUUGUUCAACUUUCAUACAUACGGGAAAUAAUGUGUGGGUUUGAGCCAAAGCAUACUUUUUUUUCCUAAAUAUCACACACAAUAUUUUGUUACUUCACGAGAAGAGAUCAAGACAAACGUGUUACCAAGUUCUCACUGUUACUUUUUUGAGAUGAAUGUUAGUGUAAAUUUAUUAAGGUUUAGAGAAAUGUGUUUGUACUGUAGUUGCCGUUUGUAUCAUGCCUAUGUACAUGUAUGGUUUUAAAGGAUAUUUUCAUUAUACAUGAAAUUCAACUUUGCUAAUAAAAGUUUGACUUGAUGUAAUCUUGAAAAGCCUAACUUGUGAUCCCCCAUUUUGUUAUUAUUAUUACUACUGCUACUACCACUACCACUGCUACUACUCUGACUGCUUUUUGGUCAGGAAUUUAUUGUCAUUUUAAACAGGUUAUGGGCUAAAUUUUCAGCUGGUGUAAAAUGAUGGCAUUGUCUUAGCUUUAGCAAAGCUAUACUAAUACUAAUGAGGAAUAUGGAUCUGGCCCCUAAAGUCUAUUGAAUCAGAACCUAGAUAUCCAGUGUCCAGAGCAGGAAACGCGAAGUCAUCAUGAUGCCUGAUCUUCACUGUACAUGCUAGAACAUUGUAAAUAAACUGUGAGCAUUAAUAUAAAGCA